AUGUUCAACGUGGCAUGGACGCGUCACCACAUGACAUGUGACCACAUCAAACGUGACACUCCUACUCCUACCGUGCUCCCCACUUCCCCCUCUCUCACGCCCGAUAUCCUUGCCAGGCCAGAGCUCCCGCGCCACCUCAAGACCAUUGUGCCGAGUCUGGACCAAGAAAACCAGCCCCGAAAACUGGUGAGGGAGAGUGUGGGGGUAAAGGAGGCCGAGGAGAGGAGAAAGGAGAGGAGGCCGGAGAAGAAGGUGCGGAAACAGCCACAGCGCUACCAGGAGCAGGAGUGGACGCUGUGCAAGCACAACGACGCACGAGGUACACCCGCUCCGUCACCUCCCACAGCGCUGUCGCCAUGCACCCACCUCACCGAGCACACGAUGAUGCCGACGGCCUCAAUGCCACAGCGUCGCAGCACACGCAUGCGCGUGGCACCCAUGAUGCAGGAUGUGAACGAUGCGCCCACCACAUCACCAGCACCAGGGGCGCUGUUGACUUGGGGUAUGCACGCGCCUUGGCUGGAGGAGCUUUAG